AUUUGUAUAGGACUUUUGAUGUUUAACAUAUAUGGCUUAUAGAUAAUACAGUAAUAUAUUAUUUUUACUAUAUCUGCGUUCUUAAUUAUAUAAUAUGUAUUCUAUUGUAAAUAAUAUUAAGCUAAAGUUUGCUUAAUGCAAGUUUUAACGUAUAGUAAGUCGUAGUUACAUCUUAGGUUAAGUAUUUGUGUUAGGUUAGAUAUUAGGUUAUAUCACAAAACGACUCGAUACACCAUCACCAGAUGGUUUUCUAUAAUUGUCAAGAGAAGGCGCUACGAUCAACUUAAACUAGUAGAAUGAAACUCGUUGUUUCUACUGUUGUGGUUGAAUGAUACUUUUAUAUUUUUAUACAAAUAUAAUUUUUUUGUGUUUUUAUGAAGUGUUUUCUUGACAUAAAAAAUAAAUAACAGAAAGAGGUUUUUAAUGGGAUAAAACUGUUAAUAAAUUGAGAAUCAUGGCGAUGUUUGAAGCAUUGAGAAAAGACUACAGCGAUUAUUUACAACAAUGUUUCAAGAUAGCUGAUGUGAUUACAUUCCAAAAGAAAUGUGUUGAACAAUGUGCCAAUGAAAGUGAUCGGAAAGCUGCUGUAGAUCAAGCUCUCCGUGAUACAUUACUUACAAUAUUGAUAGAAGAUACACCUGAAAAUGUAGGAUCUCUUGAAUCUUAUAUCACAUUUUGUAUCGAAUUAUGUAGAAAAGAUUUAGCAACUGUUACUAUGCCAGUAAUGUUGCUUGGAGAUAUAUUUGAUUCCAUGACAUUGGAUAAGUGUGAAAAACUCUUCACAUUCGUUGAAAAUAAUGUGGUUGUUUGGAAAGAGGAUCUCUUUUUUAGUCUUUGCAAAAAUAAUUUAUUACGAAUGUGCAAUGAUUUGCUUAGACGCUUGUCUCGUUCUCAACAAACUGUAUUUUGUGGUAGAAUUCUAUUAUUUCUUGCAAAGUUCUUUCCAUUCUCUGAAAGAUCUGGUCUUAAUAUUGUUAGCGAAUUUAACUUAGAAAAUCUAACAGAAUUUGGUACUGAGAAAGCAGAAGAUGUUUUGGAACAAAUAACAAAAGAUGAAGAUAAGACUGAAAAUAAAAUACCUAUAGAUUAUAAUUUGUACAGAAAAUUUUGGGCUUUACAAGAUUUUUUUAGAAAUCCUAAUCAGUGCUACAACAAAAUGUAUUGGAAAGUUUUCUCAGCGCAUGCAUCUAAUGUUUUGUCAGCAUUUUCUUCUUUUAAAUUGGAAGAGCAACGUAGUUACCCAACUACAUGUAUAAGACUAGAUUCUACGAUGGAAGGUUCUCAUAAAGAAACUCAUUAUUUUGCAAAAUACCUUACUAAUCAGAAAUUGCUGGAAUUACAACUUUCUGAUUCAAAUUUUAGAAGAUAUGUACUGUUGCAGUUUUUGAUACUUUUCCAGUAUUUGAAUAGCACCGUAAAAUUUAAAGCCGAGACGCACGAAUUGAAGCCAGAUCAAGUGGAAUGGGUUAAAGCUACAACGGAACAAGUUUAUACCUUGUUGACAGAAACACCACCUGAUGGUCCGUCGUUUACCGAAACAGUGAAGAAUAUUUUAAAACGAGAGGAGCAUUGGAAUGCAUGGAAAAAUGAGGGUUGUCCACCUUUUAAAAGACCUGCAUCUGAAAACACUACAGAACCUGAUGAUGAUGUUAAGAAAGUUAAAAGACCAAAACGAAGAAUCGGCGACGUUAUUAGAGAUGCUCAAGCUGUUGGCAAAUAUCACAUGGGAAAUCCAGAGCUUACGAAGUUGUGGAAUCUUUGUCCAAAUAAUUUGGAGGCAUGCAAGUCGAAAGACAGAGAUUUUCUACCAUCAUUAGAGACAUAUUUCGAAGAAGCUAUAAUGCAAUUAGAUCCAAGUGCAAUGGUGGAAGAAGAAUAUAAGAAAGUAAACGAUGGUAAUUUUGGAUGGAGAGCGUUGAGAUUAUUAGCUAGAAGAAGUCCACACUUUUUCGUUCAUGGGAAUAAUCCAAUAAAUAGACUUCCAGAAUAUCUGGAAACUAUGAUAAAAAAGAUUGCUAAAGAUCGACCUCAAGCACAAUCCGAUGUAAAGGUGGGAGCAGAUGAUACUCCACCACCAGAUUCGAACGAUCAGGAAUAUAGUGAGGACGUUUUAAAGACGCAAGAAAGUGAACAAACAGAUAAUGAAAAUGUAGAAACAAAAGGAAGAGAAAGUAAAUUAAAUAAAGUUACAUCCGAAAUGGUAGCAAAAUUAUCAGAAGUGCUCAAAGGAGAUUGGAAGAAAUUAGCAGCUAAAUUAGGUUAUACUAAUGACGAGAUUGUAUUUUUCCAAGGUAAACCAACUCCGUACGAACAGUGUAAAAGUAUGUUAGAAAUUUGGGCAGAAGAGGAUGAGGAUGCAUCUGUAGAAAAUUUGGCAUAUAUUCUCGAAGGAUUAAAGUGUACAGAAGCAGUGGCUAUUUUAAAGACUUAAAAGGCAAUUUUUCAAUUUGCUAUAAAUGCGAAUAAAUUUGUUAUUCGAGUACAACAUUGUGAUGUAUAUAAUUACGUGAUGUGUAAUAAAUAAAUCAAUAAUUUUUAUCGUA